GCACGUGGAAGUGGCAUGCAGGAGUGAAUGUAACAGUUAGUUCUGCUGUUUGCGAUAGAGACAGGCGUUCAUAUCGGCAACGAUGCUCAAACUUAAGAUUCAGGGGCUUUCAAAGAACCUUUAGGAUCGACUGGUAGCCGAUGUUAAGACGGGAAUUCUCCACACCACAGGGAGACAUUCUAGUUCCAAAGACAACACAUAUUGCGCUGACUUUCUGAACAAUUCCUAUGUCGCCAUAUUCAUCUUGGUACAGACAUUUCAACAUCAGUGUGUGAAAUUUUGGAAGUUUUUGGUGAGAAAAAUGAAAGUCGUGGACCUGCAAGAGCAAGUGUCAGAUCCUAAUAUUGAAGUUAAUUGAGAACUCCUUUUCCUUCAGACUUUCAAAUGUUGUCCAAGUGACUGAGUAGAACUGUAACAUAGAUAUCAGGACAUGAGCACUGGCUAGCCAUCAACUUAUCUGCAAUGAAAAGAUUUGCUGGUUUCAGUGAUCAGUUGGAGCUUCUAUGUACAGUGUAGAUGGCUUGCUAAGCUGAAGCAGGGACCAUGAAUAACUGUCAACUCAGGUACAUGUUCACUAAGACUACUAUGGAUGAGGAAAGGUUACAUCAAGAGAAUCCAGGAGGCACAGCUUCUCCUGCAAGUGUAACGUUAUCUGUCUGCCAGGAUCAAGUGAAGGGUGAGAUACAUUUAGGGAAAGAGAUAAAGGCCUCAACUACUGCUGGUACACAAGCAGACGCUUGUUCUCCACUACCAGAUUGUUCUGAUCCCAAAAACAAACGUCAAAAAAGACUUCCACACUCGUCCUGCUGUAGAACUGUGACGUAUGAUCACAAAAGGGGAACAUUCAUCGCAAGAAACCUAACCGUACGAAAGGAAUGGAGACGUGUGGAGCGAAUCAAGAACAUGACACAACGUGGACACAGCAAGUCAGAACAGAAGGAGAGUACAGCAAGGAAGACCACAAAUCCAGCUUGUCCACGUGAUUACAUGGAAACCAAGUCAUCAGAAACAGUACAACAUAAGGAAAUGAUAGAUUGUACAAACCUGUACGAGCUUCAGGGCUCCCUGACACGGUCAGAUGUUCUUCACAAGUCCAAGAGGAUGGCAGUAUCACCCCCGUCAGUAGUGACCCACAAUAAGAGGCAACUGGAGAUCAGAAGAAACUGUUGGCUUGGCAGUCCCAGGAUUCCUAAUGGAUACCCCAGUUUCCAUUGUAACAAGAAGGUGGGUAAGAAAACUGCACGGGCCUCCUUAAGGACAGGUAUUCCAGGAAAGUAUGUACAAAAGUACAGCAGCAAUCGUCUUCCUCAUCAGGGGCAGAAAGUACCGUUAAAAUCCUGUCCUGUGUAUCAACCUCCAGCUGAGGAAAAGAAAGAUGAGAGUAUGAAGCAUGAUGGAGAAAACACAGUAGGCAGACCUGGGACGUUAAACUGUGACUUGUCCAAACACAGGCCAGGAGAAAGUCUGGUGAGUCAUCAGCCUUUACUUUACAAAAUAACUCUAUGUUACAACUUACUGCUUCCCAGCGAUAUGUAA